UCGUUGCUGUUUACGUCAGUCACGGUCAUGAUGGUCUGGUACUGGGCUCCUUCGGCGACGGUGUGUAGUGGUAUUUCAGAACAGCCGUGAUUUAUUUCGGUGCUACCGAUACCACAGUGCUUGUUACCACCUGUCAAACGGUCACUCUUGAUUGCAAAGAAUCAAGCAAUACAGGCCCUGGUGCAGGUGGGCAGAGCAGGCACGUGUGGUGCCCGCUGCUGCCAUGCCGCUGUUUGGCAAGUCCCAGAAGAGCCCCUACGAGCUGGUCAAGGUCCUGCGGGAGGCCGUGCUGGCAUUGGAGCGGGGGGACAAGAAGGCCGAGAAGCUGCCCACAACUUUGGGAAAGGCGCUGCGUGCCCAGGAAGAUGUCUCCAAGCACCUGGUGAUGAUGAAGAACAUGCUGUAUGGCACGUGUGACACAGAGCCCCAGACAGACAUUGUGGUGGCCCAGCUGGCACAGGAGCUAUACAACACCAACCUGCUGCUAUUGCUGGUGCAGAACCUUUCCAAGAUUGACUUCGAGGGCAAGAAAGAUGUCGCCCAGAUCUUCAACAACAUCCUGCGACGGCAAAUAGGCACACGGUCACCGACAGUAGACUACAUUUGUACGAAGCCAGACAUCCUCUUUACACUAAUUCAAGGGUAUGAGAAGCAGGACAUUGCACUCAACUGUGGCACCAUGCUGCGAGAGUGUGCCCGGUACGAAGCCCUGGCAAAGAUCAUCCUCUACUCGGACGAGUUCUACAACUUCUUCAAGUACGUCGAAGUGUCCACAUUCGACAUUGCCUCCGAUGCAUUUUCUACCUUCAAGGAACUGCUGACACGCCACAAGAUGGUCUGUGCAGAGUUUCUCGAGCAGAACUAUGACAAGGUGUUCUCUCACUACCAGAACCUACUCAACUCUGAAAAUUACGUCACAAGGCGGCAAUCCCUAAAGCUUCUAGGUGAGCUCCUGCUGGAUAGGCACAACUUCAGCAUUAUGACACGCUACAUCAGCAAUCCAGAAAACCUGAAGCUCAUGAUGAACAUGCUCAAGGAAAAGAGCCGCAACAUUCAAUUUGAAGCAUUCCAUGUAUUCAAGGUGUUUGUGGCCAACCCAAACAAGCCAAAGCCCAUCCUGGACAUCCUCCUGCGCAAUAAGGACAAGCUGGUGGACUUCCUGAGCAAAUUCCACACGGACCGGUCGGAUGACGAGCAGUUCAAUGACGAGAAGGCUUACCUCAUCAAGCAGAUUCGAGAGUUGAAGCCAUUGGAAGGCGACCCUGUUACCACCACAUGUCCCCAGGGCCACUGAGUCUCGGGGUUGUGUUGCUGCUUACACUGUGGGUUUACACCAUUCCAUGAACACGCCCCCACCCCCUCAAAGAAAAAAAAAAAGGAAGGAAUUAACAUUUGCUUGUAACUAGACUAGCUGCCGGUGCCAUUGAUGUUGUCAAGCCAACUGUGUGCAGAGGCACCUGAAAGCACGCAGCAGCUUGGCCCGCCUGCUAGUGACCCUGUGCACUUUGGGCACCCCGUGUAUCGUUUGUUGACGCUGCUGUUGUGCUCGGACUUGUGGUGCCUAUGCAUAGCCUUUAUGCAAGCUGUCUGCCGUGGUGGAGGAUGGCCUAAUGUAAUGCGGGCAGAAUAAAAGGCUCGGGUUUCUCUCGCAGCAUGCUUGGCACAAGUGUUUGGUGCCUACAGGAAAAAAAACAUGUACAGGAUUUUGUUGCCAUGUGGUCUGUUGUUGCUGGACUUCAGUAGACUGUGGCCACCCUUUCGUGCGGCAUUUUUCAGGAGCUAGGAGAAAGACAGUGAGACGAUGCAGAUUUUGAAGAAACUGCAAGUAAUAUUUAUAUCACUCAUAGUUACAAUAUAAAUAAAAGACCAAAACUGUGA